CGGUUGCAUGAUGAUCUAUACUGUAAAAGUAUCGCCUAUUCUUGUCCUUGAACAAGCGAAAUGAGGUAUUUAAAGAGUGGCUUUAUUAGUGCUACACGCCCCUCCCCUCCCCCCGUGAAUUUCCACGGCCGAGUCUGGAUAUUCGAACCCAGGCUGUCCCUCUGGCCAUUGCACUGCAGGUGUUACCCGCGCAAACGCGGCGGAGCCAGCGCAGACAACACCCGGCUUCCCUUUCGAGGCUGCCUGGUCCCUACGGUUUUUUUCUGGGGAGCCCCCGCCCCGCCUCGUCGAGAGGCCACCUCCUCGCCUGUGGCGCUCUCGGGAGGCGCCGCCCUUUCAUUGUCUCCGGCGCGCCAGCUGUGCCAGUCCAGCGACUGGUUCCUUCUGCCCUUGGUAGAAGGAGCCGCCUUCCGAUCGGUGGCUCAGCCCCAGAAGUUUGGCUAGAGACCGAAGGAGGGGGGUUGCGGUUCGCUUAACAACGACUGGAAUCUUCCUCCGAGUUGUAUAAAGGGGCGGGGAGGUGAGUGCCGCAAAGGAGAGCAGCCUUAGCAGCAUCGUUACUACAGGGCAGUUGGUUGUGUAAGCGAGGAUCUGCAGGGAACUGGGCGAGAGAAGGGAUGAACCAGUCAGCUACAAAUUCUCAAGCAAACUGAACAAGUGUGCAAAACGUUGGAGGCAUCUGCUUGAGAAGAAGGGCUAACAGCAGAUAAACUCAGGUUGUCUUUAUCCUGUAAUACUACAAGAUUUGCGAUGUUUGGUACUGUGGUGGUUGGGAUUGGAAUUGCUGGAUCUGUGAGGAUCAGAGACUUGCUGAAUCCUUUGCCUUCCAGUCCUACAGAGCAUCUGAAACUACUGGGCUUUGUGUCAAGGCGAUCUCUUGGUGAGGUUCAUGAUGUCAAGCAAAUCAGUCUGCAAGAAGCUCUGAACAGCAAGGAAGUCCAGGCUGCCAUCAUCAGUACAGAUAACCAAAACCACUAUGAGAGUGUCAGGUAUUGCCCUCCCACUUCACUAGCAUCAAAAUGCCUCUAUAAAUUCCAUUAUCUGGCUGAUGUAAAAUGUAAAAUCCUCCAUGUAGAGCAUAUUGAGCUACUGACAAUGGAGUACAAACAACUGAAGAAAGAAGUGGCGGGGAAGGAGCUUGUGAAAGGGACACUACAUUUCACAGGUGGUCCGCUGGAUGAAGAACGUUCUGGAUUCCCGGCUUUUAGUGGGAUUGCCCGUCUGAGCUGGCUGGUUGACCUUUUUGGAGAUCUAACUGUCACUUCUGCCAUGAGAGAAGAGCAGAAAGAGAAAAAUUACUCUAGAAUGACUGCAAAUUUUCAAACUGCAAAUAAAAGGCCUCUGACUUGGAUUGAAGAAAGGGGACCAGGGAUGAAACGAGAUAAGAAGAUCAAUUUCUGCUUCACAAGUGGGUGCUUGGAGAGUCUCCCUGAGGCUCCCCGUUCAGCAGUUGGCCCCUUCAUGCAAGAUUUGGUUCUUUUUGCCAAAAAACUAUUGGGAUCAGUCUCCAAAGAAGAACUGGAGGCUGAGAAAAGGCGAAUUCUCCUGUGUCUCAAUCUUGCUGAAGAAAUUCAGAGGCACUGUGAACGGCCAACAAAUAUUUAUUCUUGAAACUACUUGAGAAUAUGGGAUUAGCGCUUGGAUCUGCAGCUUCUUGUAUUCAAACUCUGUCCUACAUUGUUCUUCCAAUUGGCCAACCUCACUGUUAAAACCAUUAAGAUUUUUAUAAUGAAUAUGAGCCAGUGUUCUGUGUUACUGAUAGUUUUCUUUUGGCAAAACAGGACAGUAUAGGUUUAUCCUUGUGUGAGAUACUUCUAAUGAAAAGUUAGUGAAGAAAUGAGUGCAUUUUUUCUUCUGGAAAUGCUAUAGCAGUAACGGACCCUUUUCACCAAUUACAGUGGUGCCUCACUUAACGGGCACCCCGUUUAAUGACGAAUCCACAUAGCGAUUAAGUUUUUGC